AUGGUGAUCAAUUUCAUUUGCUGGCCAAGUACCAAACUGGCAUGGAUCUUGGCGCUGCUGCUCAACCUGGUCAUGAUGAUUCAAGUCCACGGCCAGCCUCCUUCUGGGUUCAUAAGCAUCGAUUGUGGAUUGAGAAACAGCAGUUCCUACAACGACAGCACCACUGGGCUACGGUUCGAUCCUGACGGUAGAUUUGUCGAGGGUGGCAUGAGAAAACAGAUGUCUCAAGAGUUUAUGGCUAAUGCCACAAAUGAGCAACAAAAAACCCUGAGGAGCUUCCCUGAUGGCUCAAGGAAUUGCUAUACACUGCCAUCCACCAUUGGUAAGAAGUAUCUAUUGAGAGCCACGUUUACUUAUGGCAACUAUGAUGGGUUGAACAAGACUCGGGAUGGGUCACUCUUUCUUUUUGGGCUCCAUAUCGGCGUUAAUUUCUGGGAGGCGGUGAACUUGACAAACACUAAACCAUCGACUAUGGUAUGGAAAGAGGUGCUCACCAUUGCUCCGAGCAACUUCGUGUCCAUCUGCUUGGUGAACUUCAAUUCAGGGAUUCCCUUCAUAUCCUCGUUGGAGCUGAGGCCACUCGAAGAUAUGAUGUACCCUUUUUUCAAUACUUCGGUUUCAAUCAGCCUUCAUAGUCGAUACAGAUUGGGCAACGUCGCCGACUAUAUCACAAGGUAUCCAACGGACAUUUAUGACCGCUUCUGGAGAAGACAGCCCCCAUUAAACCCCAGGAGGAACCUCAACACUAGCAAUAAAGUGGAGAGCCUCCCCGGCAACAACUUCUUCCAUAUACCGUCGGUCAUCAUGCAAAAUGCCUUGACCUCAUCCAUGAACUCUUCCGGGAUGAUCAUCUCUCCGAUACCUUCUCCCAAUCUAGACACUAAGAGCCUGCAGCUUCUCCCAAUAUUUCACUUUGCCGAGAUCAAUGGGAGCAACCCGAACAGGAGGUUCGACAUCUACAGCGACGGCGAAUUGCUCUUCUCAGACUUCUCCCCUUCACGAUUCCAGGUGGACAGCAUGCACCAGAACGGUCGGUUCUUGCGCAACCCAAAUGCAUCCUUCAUCCUGAAGAAGACGGCCAACUCGACACUCCAGCCGUUGAUCAACGCGUUCGAGCUCUACUCCCUCGUUCGGAUGGAUAACCUCACUACUGACUCGGAAGAUGUCCAUUACAUGAAAGAAGUCAAGAAGCACUACAAUUUGACACGGAUAAAUUGGAAUGGAGAUCCGUGCUCCCCUAGAGAAUAUUCCUGGGAAGGUUUGACUUGCGACUACUCAAAGAGCAACCAGAAUCCAAGGAUUGUUUCAGUAAAUCUCUCUGCCACUGGGUUGAAAGGUCGAUUAGCCAUAUCAUUCAUGAACAUGGUAUCACUAGAAAACCUGGAUUUAUCACACAACAAUUUGACGGGAGCUAUUCCAGACUAUCAACUAAAGUCACUCAAAAUUAUCAACUUGUCAAACAACCAGCUCGUUGGGCCAAUCCCCGACUCUAUUCUUCGAAGAUUCCAGGCUGGCUUGCUUGAUUUAAGAUUGGAAGGCAACCCCAUAUGCUCGAAAGUCAAAGAUACGUACUGCUCAAAUAAGAAGAAUACCAUACAAACGAUGCUUAUUGCAGUGACGGUUCCUGUGGUACUGGUAUCCCUCCUAGUAUUGAUGUGCAUAACCUGGAAGUUAUGCUGGAAAGGGAAGUCAGACCAUGAGGAUUAUGCCAUCUAUGAAGAGGAAGCUUCCCUACAUGUUGACAUCAAACGAUUCACGUACGUAGAGCUCAAGCUCAUAACAAAUGACUUCCAAUCAAUCAUUGGAAAAGGAGGUUUUGGUAUUGUUUAUCAUGGCACACUGGAAAAUGGUGAUGAAGUAGCCGUUAAGGUUCUGAUGGAAACAUCAAUAACAGAGUCAACAGACUUCCUCCCUGAGGUACAAACCUUGUCCAAAGUUCAUCACAAGAAUCUUGUGACUUUGAAAGGAUAUUGCCAAAACAAGAAGUGCCUCGCUCUCAUUUAUGACUUCAUGUCGAGAGGGAAUCUUCAACAACUCAUAAGAGGAGGAGAUGACUAUAGUUUGAAUUGGGAACAACGACUUCAUAUUGCACUUGAUGCUGCACAAGGGCUGGAGUAUCUACACGAGUCAUGCACCCCAUCAAUAGUUCACAGAGAUGUAAAGACCCCCAACAUCCUUCUAGACAAGAAUCUGGUGGGGAUAAUAUCUGAUUUUGGGCUUUCCCGGGCUUUUAAUGAUGCUCACACACACAUAUCUACUGUUGCUGCUGGCACUCUUGGCUACCUCGACCCUGAGUACCAUGCAACUUUCCAACUCACAGUCAAGACAGAUGUUUACAGCUUCGGCAUCGUGCUGUUGGAGAUCAUCACUGGCCAGCCCCCGGUACUGAUGGAGCCUCAAACCUUUCAUCUACCAAACUGGGUACGCCAUAAGAUUGCCAUGGGCAAUAUUCAUGACAUUGUGGACAAGAGGUUGUUGGAUCAGUACGAUGCUGGUUCACUCCAGAGUGUGGUAGACCUCGCCAUGAACUGCGUCGAAAAUGCGGCCAUUGACAGGCCGACCAUGACCGAGGUUGUUUCAAGGCUCAAAGAGUUGUUGCCAGUAGUUUCAAGCGAAAAGUUGUCUAUUUCUGCUUCAACUAGUAGUAUGAACCCCAUGGAUGCUGAAAUUCGAAGGCAAUUUCAGUUGACGAUUUCUGGAAUAAGCAACGAGGAGAACUCCUUCCGGUCUGGUUAUACCGGUGGGAUGUCUGAAUUAAUCCCUUUAUCUGGACGGUGAAAG